GCCCAGUCAAAUCUGAGCCAGAGUCCGGCUGGAGCUGGAGUCCCCUGAAUCCACAGGCUGAGAGGGAGUGAGUCGUCCCAGGCAGGGACUGUGCCUCAUGGAGGCCUGCAGAACACCAAUUGCAGAUGAUGGUGCAUAUGAUGGAAAGAACCCAGUUUGUUUCUGAGACUAGGUUGAGUUUUCAGGACUAGUUUUUAAGGGGGAAAAAUCUCUUUCCCUAUGAAGUAUGCUUGCUAAGGAAGAAGACAAUAGGGAGGUUGCAUAGGUGUCAUUGAUGGGAGAAUGUGGUUUGCAGAAUUGUAUAACUGAUGACCAUAUAUGUGUGAAGAAAAGAAUACAGCUUGACUUUCAAAUUCAAGGUGGCGCUUACAAGACCGGUUGUCUAAUAUGCUAAAGAGUACAAGUGGAAAAGAAAACAAAAGGGGGAAGAUGUUUGAUCUCUGUUCUGAGUUCAAGAGCACAAAGCCAGAAUGCUGAAGCAACUAGAAGGAGAAAGAAAAGGAAUGACAGAUGUGAAAGAAAAUGAAGGCUAGCAGCUCGGGUGCAGAAUUAAAAGCAGAUCAGAAUCAGCAACCUGUUUCCCAUUGCAUGGCCUAAAUCUUCAGCUGGGAAUAGGACAACAAAACCACUCCCUGAGCAUGACUUGAACAUGCAGAUAAGGUAAUUCUCUAAUGGAUCAAUGAAAACAAAACGAUGACAAGUUGUGGUCAACAGUCCUUGAAUGUGCUGAUGGUUGUGUUCUUAUUGCUCUUGUCGGCAGCAUUGUCUGCACAUUUUCGUGUCUGUGAGCCAUAUACAGACUACAAAGGCCGCUACCACUUUGGUUUUCACUGCCCACGUCUUUCUGACAAUAAAUCUUACAUCUUCUGCUGUCACCAUAACAACACGGUAUUUAAAUACUGCUGCAAUGAGACAGAAUUUCAGACUGUUAUGCAGAUGAACCUAACGGGGAAUGCAGAUGGAUAUAUGCAUAACAAUUACAGUGCGUUGUUAGGAGUGUGGAUCUAUGGCUUUUUUGUUGUGAUCCUGCUGGUACUGGACCUUUUAUAUUACUCAUCAAUGAACUACGAUAUUUGCAAAUUUUACCUGGCAAGGUGGGGAAUCCAGGGAAAGUGGAUGACACAAGCACAGAGCCGAUGGAUUAACCCUGCUCAGCAUCCAAGCCAAGUACAGACUCAGCCUCAGUCUCAGCCUCAAAUGUCACAGGCAGUACAUACUUUAAAAGGAGAUGCUUUAAACCCACCCUUGAUGUCUUUUCAGAGUUCAUCUGCCUGCAUUAAACGGGGAUCCUACGUUAGGAUCAGGAACCCGUUGUCUGCUGGUGGCCAGCUGCUUUGAGUCUUUCAUCUGACUCUACUGGACAUUUAUGGACUGUUUUUGUUGGACAGAAUUCAGAUCUGCCUAGAGUUUUUCCUGCUGCCCAGCAGGGAUCCAAUCUCCCACUAAGACCAGGUGUAUGGUAUCUAGCAGAGAUGAGUUUGAUCAGGAGAUCAUUGCAAGCAUCUGGACAGCAAUGUGUACCUAGAGAAUGGUGUAAGUAAUAUGCCUAGCACAAUAAGUUAUAGGCAUUUCAACCUGCUCAUGGCUUCCAGGAGACCUAUCCUGGUAAGCCAUUUGAGAUAGGGGAUUGGAGCCUCUUGGGUCAGGCUCGCCCACUAUUUGAGAAACUGCACUGCCCUGAUAGCUCAGUGGUUUGAGCACUGGCCUGCUAAACCCAGGACUGUGAGCUCAAUCCUUGA